GAGGGUCCGAGCGCCUCCGAGAGGCCCAGAGUGGGCCCCGAGCUCCAGCUGGUGGCGCCGGCCCGGGCGGGGCUGCUCCCGGAGCCCACACGAGGCCCGUGACCGGAGGUGGGCGGUGCGCUGGGGCCGCUUCCUCCGGCGGCGACGCGGGGAGCCCGGCAUGGAGCAGGCUCCCCAAGAUGUGUUUCAGGAGGAGCUGGAGUGGUGCAUUUCACAGCUGGAGGCAGAUCUCCAUCUCACUCCACACCCCAAACUAGGAACAUCUCACAGUAUUUGAGCUUCUGGAAGCACUUGGAGUUCCCUUUCAAUUGAAUGCUAGUUAUGGAUUAGUUAGAGGUGAUAUGAACACAGAGCACAUUAAGAGAAGAGUCACUCAUCAGCAUCCCACUGUGGAUUUUAAGGCCCACUGUAAACUGCUUCUUGUCUCUCUUGGUGUUUUCUGAGUGCAGCAGAGGAGACCCAACACAUUUUCAAGGUCCUGCACUCUCCUGCAAAUCCUCUAGCAGAGAAGCAACAAGUGAUGAGCAAUGAGUUUGGGGAUUGUCAUCUCAAGAUGGAUGAGGGUCAGAAGAGCAUUGAGAAAGGCAUGACCCCUGAUGUUGUGGAAGUACAGGCAAGCAAGGGGCAGACUGCAGAUGGUGUGAAACAGUCUGACCCAACCCCUGAGACAAAGCCUGAGUUGUUCACAUCAUCUGGCAGCAGCUUCCGAUUUGAUUUUACACUAUCCAAGACCGACCCAGAAGCUGACCCUGGUGACAGUGGUGCUGAGCAGGUACAAAACAAUGUCAGAGCCACCAAACAGGAGAACUGGAAUGGCCCCUUGAGGUUUGCUGCCUCUGGACAAGAACCCAGGUUUGCUUUCAACUUUGCCGUCCCAGAUGAAGACUGUCCUCGUCUUCAGUUACUUCCAGGAAGCCAGCAUACAGAGGACACAGCAGAUUCUUCACUGCCUGCUGAAUCAGCAGCUCUGCCACAGGCUGCAGCCUUGCAGAAGCCUGAGGUGACUCAAGUGACAGGGAAUGCACCCAAAGAGGAUAGAAGCCAUGUCACAUCAGAGAUCCCCCAAACAGAGACAGCCCCUGCAGAUGAGGCAAUGACAGAGAAAUCAACAGGAGGUGGAGCUGCCCAGAAGAAAAAAAAGAAGAAACAAAAAGCACCUGUCAGUAAAACCAAAACAGAAGAAACUGAGACCAGCAGGAAGGCAAAGGCAGAAGCUAACAGCUGUCAAAAUACAGAUACUUCCCAUCAGGAUGAGAAGACCUCUCAGCAGUCAGAUGAGCAGCUGUGGAAGGAGGUGGACUGGUGUGUGAACCAGCUGGAACUCGGCUUGAAGACACAGAAACCCACUCCAAAGCAGGCUGAGGAGGCUCUCAGGGCAAUCAGGACACUGCGCAGUGACAAGGCUCCACUGGUGAAGAAGCGUCAGCUCAUGAGAGCCAUGUUUGGAGACUACAGGAAGAAGAUGCAGGAGGAGCUGUGUAGAGAGCUGAAGCUUAUGGAAACAGCUGCAAAAUCUGCCAGGAUUGUGGAGUUGAAGGGAAGCAUCCAUAAGAAGAAUGGCCAGUUCAUCCGGAAGUGCUUGGGAGCUUGCAGGAAAAGCCAAGGUUCAGCAGAAUCCUCUUCAGAGUCACACAGGACGCUUAACACAGGCUUAUUCAAUUUCACAACUCCCCAAGAAUUUCACUUUAAUUUCUUCUAGAAGAGUCACUUUGACUAAAACUGUGCCAGAUCUCCUGUAAACUGAAGAAUGGUGGAAAGGUGCUGUGUAGUAGGAAAUGUCAUGCGUGAAUCUCUGGAUCUUCUUCCAGGGUGUCUUAUCUAGAAGUUUAAAUCGGAUCUGCCUACUAUGCAUAUGACCCCAAAACUCAGCCUACAUAAGUGCUCCUCUGUGCUCACACUGGAGAAAGGCACCUUUGAAAGGGUCAGCAGUGUAGAAGGAUCUGCUUUCUUUCCUGUAGAAUUGACAUUAACUGUAGAGUCUGUCUUCUAUACCGUGAGAUUUUUCCCUUUCUCCCAUUGCUUUUAAAUAGAGCAGAGCCUUUCUAGCAGCUAAGGUAGCAAUGCAUACAGCAGGGAAUGGUUUGGAAUCAAGAUCCAGAGCAGUGGAUAGCUGGGUGCUUCCACUCCCCAAGUCUGUGUGAAUGGAGCUUCUGGCAUCCAGCAAAUACCAGCAGUGUGUCAUCCCUGACAUGGAGGAGCAUGAGCUCAGGGUCUUUGGGGGAAAGUGAGACCCAUUUUUGCUCAUUCAUCUCUUUCACUGACAGGUACAGACCUAGAAUAAAACUGCACAUCAUUAUUUAAUCCAGCCUAGACAUGUAAGGACAGUUGUUUCCAGGAAAACUGGGAAAUUUUUUGUUACUGAAGCCAGGUUCUGGACAGCUAGGAAGGAUGUACAAUCAACUCUUAAAUAAAGUUUACUUUAUUAGUAGCUCAGUUAUGACCACUAGUGCCUCAGAGGAAAAAUUAGCUGCACGUCAGCCUUGGAUGGUGAUAAAAUAAACUGUCACAGCCCAAAGACUCUCUUCCAUUUGAUUUGUAUUAAAUUUUGGCUUUUUGAA